AUGUUUAGUUCAUUGUCAGGAUUCGCUAAUGCUUUGCAUGAAUUAUUAGGCAGUCAUGACACUGAUCAGGAUUUGGGUGGUCACUUAGACCCUGAAAUACCCCAGAUAUUGGACAUGGAAGUUAACCAUCAUAUACAAGAGGAUGUCCUGGUACGUCUGUCUUAUUCAGAACAAUUGGUGGCAGAGCUGAAGGACAUUAUUAGACAAAAAGAUACCGAGCUACAACAGAAGGAUGAGACUUUACAGGAAGAAAGAAAGGCAGCUGAUAACAAAAUUAAGAGAAUGAAGCUUCAUUCAAAGGCCAAAUUAAUUUCUUUGAAUAAACAACUAGAAGAAAUGAAGGCACAGGGACCUGGGGUGGUCAUGCCUACAGGCCAUGAGUCAGAAGAACAAUUCUCUAAGCAUGACAAAAGUUCUACACAGGAAGAGCUGGAAAUAGAGAAGAUAAAACAAGUACUUCAGGAGAAAGAAGAGCUAAUUAGCAAUUUGCAAGCCCAGCUUAGCCAGGCAAAGGCAGAGCAAGCUGCACAGUUUGAUAAGAAUUGUACAGAGAUGGAAGAAUUUGUAAAGAUGAAGCAACAACUCAAAGAAAAGGAGGACCUCGCUCGUGCUUUGCAAGCACAGCUCAGUCAGACUCAGGCAGAUCAAGCUGCCCAGUUGAGUUCCAUGCAGCAGGUGGUCCGAGAGAAAGAUGCCCGCUUUGAGACACAAGUUCGUCUUCAUGAGGAUGAGCUUCUUCAGUUAGUAACCCAGGCAGAUGUGGAAACACAGAUGCAACAGAACUUGAGGAUGCUGCAGAGAAAACUUGAAGAACAUGAAGAAGCUCUUUCUGGCCGUGCUCAGGUUGUGGACUUGCUCCAACAGGAGCAGAGAGCUGCUGAACAGCGCAACCAGGUUCUGUUUCAGCAGUUACAGCAAAUGGAAGGUGAGCAUAAUACUUUAAAGAACACAUUGGAAACAGAAAGACAGGAAUCCAAGAUUUUGAUGGAAAAGAUGGAACUUGAAGUAGCUGAGAAAAAAUUAGCCCUCCAUAGCCUUCAGGAAGAAGUGCACCUCCUUUUGGAACAGCGUGAGCAUACAGGCCAGGCUCUCGCUGAGCUGGAGUCACAGUACAGAGCUUUGGAGCAGGAGCACCACAUCGAAAUAGAAGAGAAGACUGCUCACAUUUUGAGUCUUCAGAAGACUGAACAAGACCUGCAGUCUUGCUGUGAUGCUCUCAAGGAUGAAAAUUCAAAGCUCCUCCAAGAGAAGAGUGAACAGUCAGUUCAGUCCACCCGGACAAUUCAACAGCUAGAAGAUCAACUCCAUGAAAAAUCCAAAGAAAUUAGUCAAUUUCUAAAUACGCCAACCUUGAAAAAAAAUGAAACCGCAUCUCAGACAUCUUUCCCAGAUGUUGAUAAUGAGGGCAUACAGUCUGUUGACCAGAUUAUGGCCCAAAUGAGAGAAAUAGAGGCUGAGAAAGAAAUGUUAGAAUUGAAGUUUAGUGCUAUAACAACUGAACUUAGUAAAAAAUCAGAUGAAGUAGUUCAAUUACAGGAGCAGAUUAAAAAUCAGGAUCUGAAGAUCCAGAGUCUGGAGACAGCCACCAGUGAAGCUGAAGCCCAUGCAGACAAUUUGAAGCUGACACUGGAAAGUAGUCAACUAGAAAUUGUUAGAUUGGAACAUCUCAGAGAAUUACAGCCUGCAUUAGAUAAAUCACAAAGAUGCAUAAGCAAAAAGGAAGAAGAAAUUAUCUCUCUCUCUGACCAACUUUGUGAGAAAGAGGAAAUCUUUACUAAACUGAAGGCAGAGAUAACAGAACAAGAGAACUCGCUGAAGGCUUUACAUACACAACUAGAAAUGCAAACUAAUGAGCAUGAUGAGAAGAUAAAGGAAUUACAGGGAGAACUUGGUGAAAUGAAGCAAAAGCUCGAAGAGAACAAAAAGGAAAAUAAAAGCAACCAAAUACAGAGGAAGCUUCAAGCUGCCCUUAUUUCUCGAAAAAGAGCACUACAAGAAAACCAAGAUCUCCGAGAGGAGCUGUCUUUGGCCAAAGAUAGCAUUGACCAUCUUACCAAGUCUCUGGCAGAUACAGAAAGCCAAAUGUCUGCUCAAAAUAAAGAAAUAGAUACAUUCUCUGAAACCUUAACUCUUCUUCAGGAAGAGAGAAACAAACUCAUAGCAGAAAUGGACAAGUCUCUACUGGAAAAUCAAAGCCUUACUGGCUCUUGUGAAAGUCUGAAACUAGCUCUAGAGGGUCUUACUGAAGACAAGGAAAACCUAAUGAAGGAAAUAGAAUCGUUGAAGUGUUCUCAGAUUGAAGAAAACACUGAGUGGCAAGAGAAACACAAGGAGCUACAAAAAGAGUAUGAAAUUCUUCUGCAGUCCUAUGAGAAUGUUAGCAAUGAGACAGAAAGGAUUCAGCAUUUGGUAGAAGCGGUGAGGCGGGAGAAGCAAGAAUUAUAUGCCAACUUGAGAAACACAGAAACGCACAAGAAAGAAAUAGAAAAGCAGUUGCAGGAAGCUGAGCAGGAAAAGGAGGAGAUGAAAGACAAAAUGAGAAAGUUUGCUAAGUCUAAACAGCAGAAAAUCUUAGAGCUAGAAGAAGAGAAUGACGAUGCCAUUCAAACCAAAGAAGAUGAACUUAGACUCAAAGAGGAAAAUUGUAGGGCACUAAAGGAUCAACUUCGGCAGAUGUCCAUCCAUAUGGAAGAAUUGCAGAUCAACAUUUCAAGGCUUGACCAUGACAAGCAGGCCUGGGAGUCCAAGGCCCAGACUGCGGCUCAGCUGCAACAGAAGGUCUGUGAUACUCUACAGGCGGAAAACAAAGAACUUCUCACCGAGCUCGAAGAGACUCGCAAUCUGUACCACAAUUCUCAGACUGAAUUAGCGAAACUGGAAUCAGAACUUAAGGUUCUCCAGGCUCAGUCGACUGAUUUAAAUAACUCUUUAGAAAAAUGUAAUGAAAACAAAGAACAUUUGGAAAAGCUGGUAAAACGUCAAGAAACUGAUAUCCAGCAUUGUAAAUUCUGUUAUGAACAGCUGGAGACUGAUCUUCAAGCCUCCAAGGAACUGAUCAAUAGACUACAUGAAGAAAUAAAAAGGAAAGAGCAGGAGCUUAUAAACCUGCUUUCUGCCAGAGAAGAGGCAAUACAAGUAGCUAUUUCAGAAUUGCAUCAACAGCAUGAUAAAGACUUUAAAGAACUGGAAAGUCAGCUGUCACAGAAGGAAGAAGAGAACAGAAACAUUGUUGACAAAAACAAUCAGCUUGUCGAAACACUGAACACCAUCAAAAAGGAAGGCAUUCAGCAGAAGGCUCAGUUGGACUCUUUUGUUAAAUCCAUGUCUUCUCUCCAGGAUGACCGAGAUCAACAGCUUCUAUCGAAAGAUGAACAACUGUUUCACUUGUCUGCACAACUAGAAGAGUCUUACAACCAAUUGCAGUCUUUGUCCAAGGCUCUGGCCAGUCUGCAGAGUGAAAGAGAUGACCUGUUGAGUGAGCUGGCCAGAUUCCGCAAGGCAGAGGCUGGAAAGUGGUGGUCUGCAGCCCACCCUGUAACCAGCCCAGCUGAAGUACAGAGUUUUAAAAAUGCCAUGGCAUCACUCCAGAAUGACAGAGACCGACUACUGAAAGAAUUGAAGAAUCUGCAGCAGCAGCAUUUACAGAUUAACCAAGAGAUCACUGAGUUACGGCCACUGAAGGCUCAAGUUCAGGAUGAUCAGGACAAAAUGGAAGCAUUUCAGAGGAUGCAAGAAGAAUACAGGCAGGAAACCCUCUCUUGGCAACAUGAGCUACAGCAGCUCAGGAGAGCUCGUAAUGUGCAGUCACCGAUGAGUUAUUCUAACCUAGAGAGAAUAGCACCCAUGCUUGUAUCUUGGCAGACAUCCUCAGAGGCAUCAAUUUCCCAAGAUGGGUCACAAAGCCUAGCUUAUGAGACAGAACUUCUCAAGACUCAGCUCACUGACAGCUUAAAGGAAAUUCACCAAAAGGAAUUAAGAAUUCAGCAACUAAACAGCAAGGUAAGGAUCCUUGCUAGGUUGGAACUCAAUUUCUUAGAAUCAGAGAGAAAAAACGUCAAGUAUCUGGAGAAACAGGUUCACGAGCUGCAGAGGAGGCCAGUCAAUACCGAUACUACUCCAGACGCUCCCCAGGAUAAGAACAGAGGACAGAGACAGAGUCCUCCCCAGGACCCCGUGGAGUCCAGGCUGAGGUUGUCUGAAGCCCAUGAAGAAUUACACAACACCAAACAGGAGGUGAGCGAAUUGAAGAAGCUGCUGGAAGAAGAGCGCCAUCAGAGAGCAGCUGCUGAGGAGAAGAGCAGGAGGGUGGACGACAGUGAAUGGGACUCUGACCGGACUCCAAUCAUCGGCUCCUGUGGCUCUGAGGAGCAUUCAGUGAUAAUAGACCUCACAAGCAGCACUUGUCGGAGGGCCCGGAGGAGUGUCGGCUGGAGGAGAGUCCUGCGCGCUCUCUAUCGUUCCCGGACGCGAGUGCCGCUGCUCGCAGCACUCUACUUCCUGAUGGUGCACGUCCUCCUCAUCCUGUGCAUCACAGGCCAUCUCUAAUCUUAGUCUAGUGUCGCCUUCGAGCCCUCUCUCCUUAGACUUUGAAAUUCCCUCACCCCUUACAUCCAAACCCCUGAUUCCAGUAAAACAUUCUUCCCCACCUCUAGUCUUUCUCUUCAACUCUCCAUGGGAAGUGCCUGUAAACCUGCAGGGACCAGCAAGCACGUUUAAUUUUUUGUAUAGCCCAGUGUCUGGACUCUGUUAGGGGGUGUCUUUCAGUCAGGAUGGUUCCCACAAACCUAAGAAUCUCCUAUCAUUUGAAUUGAUGCCCUUUGCCUCUGUUGGCCUCUGUUCUCCCCUUCUCUGGGGGGAAGGUGGUGCUGUCAUCAAGUUCUGAGGCAGGAGCUCAUCGCCAUACGGGACAUCUGACUCGCUCUCGUGCAGAAUGGGGCAGGAGCUGAAGAACUCCCGACAUGGAGUUGUCGGGCCCCAGGGGAGGGCAGCGUUUCCUUUCUUGGGUGCUUAGACAUCCUUGGGAUGAGAAUUUGUGACACCGGGCUUUAAGGACAGGCCCUGUGGCCUGUGCCCCUGAUCUUCUUUAACGUGUUAGUGAAAGGCCGGAAGAAUUGCAAUAUGACUCAGAUUCUUGCUAUACGUAUGAGAUCUGGAUAUGCCGUGACUGUGUCCCCUGAGGCAGUGCCCAGAGCCAGGAGGAGCUACCUUAAGUGUGACUUUGACUACCAGCCAGGGAGUGUCUGACCUUGGCUCACACUGUACCUUCUGGCUUCUCGAAGUAUUAAGCUAAACUACUUAGCUGUUGGUGAAAGUGAUUCCAGAGUCUUGGCCCCAUGUGCAUAUGCCUUCCGCCUGAGAACAGUUCGGAGACAAACAGAAGGAGGCUUUAGGGCAGAUGAGAUAUUUAACUCUAGGCCUGCAAAAAAUAGCCAGAUUGAAUUCCAUUGGUGCCUAUCCCUUGGCCCCAUCCCCACAAUCCUUUCGGUUGCAUUUUUUUCUUAAUGUGCACAUGAUGUGUGUCCUGCUCACCACCCAAAGACAAGACAUGACUGAUCAACCGUUUGACUCGGACCCUCUGUUUCCUGGUGACCAAGUUUUGGUCACAGCUUCCCAGGAAUAUUUCUGAACAACUGUAAAAUAAUAAAGUUAUUUUCAGAAAGA